AUGUCUACCAAUUAUAAAAUGGACAAGGUACUCGUUGUUCGUUUUCGACUGUUCACGGGAUCUGGAUCAAUUCCUGAUGAUAUUCUGCGGUCUGAGUCCAAAGACUUCCUCUUGAAAAAAUUAUUUCUGGGCAACUAUACAAAACAACAGCUUAAUUUAUUUUACACAGUUGAGAAACCCGGUAGAGCGCCACAACGGAUAACUUCUACAAAGACACGAUUUAUCUCUCCUCGUGUCUACGUCUACAUGGAUCAGUUGAUUUUGCGUCAAGCCCGCAAAAAAGACACAGGUAUAUACACCUGCAUGUAUCGUGGGCGCCCUCGCGUUACUUGGGCUGUUACCGUGCUUGGUGCUGGCGAAGAACCUUAUCGGCAGACUAUUGCACCCAUGGUUUACCUAAAAAACAACGAGACUGAUCCGAAGGUCUCCAAGUCGAUCAGAACUUUAAGGCGUAAAACAAUCAUCCCGGCCAAUGUUGAGAUUUUCACUUCAUGGGGCCCAUGGUCGCCUUGCGUACCUUGCGUGGCUCAGUUACCACCAGGUAUCCCUGAACUCGGUUUCUUUGAACGUGGUGGUGAAGGCUUUCAGAUGCGCGUAGGCACUUGCUAUGUACGCAUGCUUGACACCUUCUUCCCCUUGAGACCUUACAAGCUGGCGCGCUAUGCUACGAAGCCACUUCGACAGUUUGGCCGCUCCGGGUUGCCUUGUCGGUCACAUCUCAUUGCGCGCGGGGUAUUAGAGUCGGGUAUUCGGGCACUCAAGAAACGACCUAGUGAACUGAUUAUUCGACCAUGUUACCGACCUUGUUCUGCUCCGAAAAAUUCGCUCCUUUACUCCUUCAUCCCCUUCACCCGCGGCAUGGAAAAGAUGAGUGCACUGGAGGCCGCCAACGAGGUAUCAAAACCAUCCAUAAAACGGAUGCGUGUGAAAGAUGGCGACAGUUUUGUACUCUCCUGCCCCGUGCGUGGCACUGUUCACUCGCCCAUCUCCUGGUUUCGACUUCCCACCAGCAAAAGUGAAACUAGUAACCUCACUGCUACCGCACUCAUGGCGGGCGCGUUUGGUGCUUUCGGAACUCCCUCCGGAUGGCUGGCGUUCCACGCCGAACAGGUGAACCUCUCUACCUUGCUUAUGAAGUCGAGAGGUAGAGUGCGCCUUGAUCCGGCAUACCAUUUAAUUUACGCCGAGGCUAAGUCGGCCAUCGAUGCUGCGGUGGACAAAGGCAGUGGAUAUUUACCCGUUUUCCGUCUGGCUUGUGUACAUGGAGAUGCACGUGGCAGUAACUUCAAAUGGUCCGAUUGGUCGGGAAUACUUACAGUGGAGACAAUUGUUCGGUGGUCGCAAUUAGAAGUCAUUACAGGUCUGAGCACUGCCGUAGCUGUCCUUAUGCCUGCGUUUCUUUCACUUGCAACUGUUUGUAUGGCUGUUAAGUGUCUGGUGGAUGAAAGGAGGGCUGGAAUGCGAGCAGCAGCAGCAGGAAGAGCCCGAAGGCCGAAAAUAUAA